GCGCGGCUUCACGAUUCUUGCAAGCAGAAUCAUUCCAAACGUUUUCUGCAGUCGAUUUUGGUAGUGAUUUUAGUUAAGAAAUUCGAUUGUUCAUUAAAAGAUCUUCCAGAGUGGCCAUUUCCGCAUGGAUCAAACAAAUCAACCAGAUUGUGGAGAGCAACUGGACGAAGCCGGGUCCAGGGAGAAUGUCCCACAAAACGGCACCUCGGAAACCGUGAAAUCCCCAACACCACAGAAACCGGAAGUGACCCUCAAACGACUAGGCGGACCACUCACGGGCCAAACCGCCAAACGAAAGAAGAAGCUAUUCUUGUACGGGAACUACGACCGCUACUACGGUUAUCGGAACAACCGCGAGGCGCCCAAGGAGGACGUCCGGCUGCCGGUUUUCAUCGAACAGCGCGCAUUCAUCGAGGGCAAGCGCAUGCUGGACAUUGGCUGCAACAACGGAUCGUUGACGCUGCUCAUCGCGGAACAUUGCCGGCCGUCGAGCGUGGUCGGAAUCGACAUCGAUCGGAAUUUGAUCGGAGCCGCGCGGAAUAAUCUGGCGGUGAGGCAAAAGGCGUGCGACUCGGAAGCGCUUCAAAAUGUUCAGUUUCGGCAUAUAAACUACGUGUACGCGGACGAGGAACUGCUGGAGUGUGAAAAGCCGCAGUAUGACGUGAUAUUCUGCCUGUCCGUGACCAAGUGGAUCCAGCUGAACUUUGGCGAUGCCGGCGUCAAGUUAGCGUUUCGGCGAGCCUACCGGCAGCUGCACCCGGGUGGUCGAUUUGUGUUGGAACCGCAACCCUGGGACAGCUACAAGCAUCGGAAGAAGCUGUCGCCGGAGAUCUUGGCGAACUUUCGGGCGAUACAGUUCCGGCCCGACGCGUUCCGGGAGUAUUUAUUGGGUGACGAUGUUGGCUUCCGGGAGGUGACGGAGUUGAAUGUUUCGACGGAUGGUGCGGGGAGUAAGGGCUUUCGGAGGCCGAUUUACGUUUUUCAAAAGUGAUGAUUAGAUUUAAGUUAGUUAUUUGAAUUUUUCAAUUGAAUUUUACCCAAUAAAAAUGCAGGAAUUUUCUCAAGGAGAGCACAGUCAUAGCGGUUGUUGAUGGUAUUAUUUAUUUAGUUUGUUUCCGCUAAACUUUGUACAUCAUUCCUCAUUAGUUCUGGGAUCACAAUAGCUUUCAGUAAAAUCACUGACAAAAAGCAUCAGCGCUCGCGAACACACGUUCUUCAAUUUAUUUCAUAAUUUAAGCCAGCGAAAGCUUAAAGUUUGAUAUGCUUCGAAUCCAUACGAUUUGUAUACGGCUAUCAAACGAUUCUUUUCUAUCUACAAUCGAUGAGAGGUUUUCCUAAAUUGAUGAUGUUUCGGUGGGGUCUGGAGCAUUUCGCCUAAUGUCGUAUCAUUGAUGCGUUUUCAGGAGGGCAAAUUCUUGUGUGUUUGAUA